CCGACCGAAUYAAUCGCAUAUGAAUACGGGUCGACGCUAACUCGACUUUUGCGACUCCACCCGCACACCCACACGCCGGACGUCGUUUUUCCGACCUGCACUCCUCGGAGGACAUCGCGUGAAGUCGAACGCCGUCGUCACUGCUGCCGACGCGCCAACACUAUUCCGAGACUAGACAUCGUCGUCACCUGCACACUCGCCACCGGCACAUCUUCUCCCAACGGCGUUGGAUUAACCAGACCCGUGGUAUAUACCGCGAUGACGACGACGGCUGUCACUAACAUAACGACCAUCUGGUCGUAGAAGUACCGAGCAGAAGUGGUGCACAGUGGACCGGAAGCAGCCGGAACAGUCAAAUAAGGCAUAGGUGGGGGYGGCACGGACUUUCCGAUGUACGAGGAAAACUAUACAGCCGUGGUGCCCACGUACUUGACGAACCUGGUCGAAUUCAACGAAACGGCGAACGAUGGCAACCAGACCGACGGUGGAGGCUAUCUGAACGUGACCACCGAGAUGCCUGUACGGUACGCCCGGCCCAUGUACGGGUUCGUCAUGCCAUUCCUGUUGCUGGUCACCAUUGUGGCAAAUACGCUGAUCGUUGUGGUGCUGUCCAAACGGCACAUGCGCACGCCCACCAACGUGGUGCUCAUGUCCAUGGCCUUGUCCGACAUGUUCACGCUACUGUUCCCUGCCCCGUGGCUGUUCUACAUGUAYACGCUGGGCAACCACUACAAACCACUGUCACCUGUCGAGUCGUGUUACGCGUGGUACGCCAUGAAUGAGGUCAUACCAACGCUGUUCCACACCGCGUCCAUUUGGCUCACGCUCGCCCUGGCCGUCCAAAGGUAA